AUGUUCUACACCCACGUGCUUAUGAAUAAGCGAGGGCCAUUGGCCAAAAUAUGGCUUGCAGCUCACUGGGAGAGAAAACUCACAAAGGCCCAAGUAUUUGAAUGUAACCUGGAGAUAACCAUUGAAAAAAUUAUUUCACCCAAGGUGAAAAUUGCACUUCGAACUUCAGGACAUCUUCUUUUGGGAGUUGUUCGGAUCUAUAAUAGGAAGGCCAAGUAUCUUUUGGCAGAUUGCAGUGAAGCAUUUCUUAAAAUGAAAAUGACAUUUCGCCCAGGACUUGUUGAUCUUCCAAAAGAGAAUUUUGAAGCAGCUUACAGUACUAUCACAUUGCCAGAAGAAUUUCAUGACUUUGAUACCAAUAAUAUGAAUGCUAUUGAUAUUUCAGAACAAUUUACUCAGAACCAGAGUAAACCAGAAGAAAUUACACUUAGGGAAGAUUAUGACAAUAGUCUACUUUUCCAAGCUGAGAGCUUUGGGGAUGAACCUGAAAUUCUCAGAAGACAUAGCUUCUUUGAUGACAACAUGUUACUGAAUUGCAGUGGCCCUGUAGCUGAACAUAGUUCAGGAAGUCUCAUGGGAGAAAAAUCUCUGUUCUAUGACAGUAGAGACACAUUUGGAGAUGAAGGAGAUGCAGGAGACAUGAUUGACAAUCUGUUGCAAGAUGAUGACAAUAUCCUGUUAGAAGACAGGCAAUUGAGCAGAGAAAUUACCCUGCCUCCAGAGCCUUCUGAUAUUGUAAUGGGUAUGCUGAAAUCUUCUCAUGUACGCCUACCUGAAAAUGAAAAAAGGAAUGAAUCAACAUUGUUAUCAAGUGAAGAAGAAAGGUUUAUCCUUGACCCAAUUGAUUUUUCAGACAUUGCUGAGAAAAGAAAAGGCAAAAAGAGGAGACUGCUAAUAGAUCCUGUCAAGGAGAUCAGCAGCAAAAAUAUGCAUAAGCAACUUACUUCCUUUGUGGACACACUCAUGGUUUUGGAACUUGCACCUCCUACCCAAAGAUUAAUGAUGUGGAAGAAGAAGGGAAGAGUGGACACGCUUUUGUCAACUGCCGCCCAGGAUUUAAUUCAUGCUGAACUGAAAAUGUUGUUCACAAAGUGCUUUCUGUCCUCCGGCUCUAAACUCGGAAGAAAAUUGAUGCAGAAAGUGUCAGUAAGAGAGGAAGUGGAAGGCCCAGACGUUGUAGAAACCUUCAGGAUGGAAGACCCAGAUUCCAAACCAGAGUUAAUUCAGUCCCGAACUGGAAAGGAUGUGAUUAAUGGAUCUAAGAGUAGCUUUCAUGAACACAUCAGUAAAAACAUGAGCUCUGAGCAAGAUGUUGUUGAAAUGAUUUCAUCAACUGCUGAGGAAUCAUUUUUGAUGAAUGGUUUCAUGGCAGAGGAAAUUGAAAAUUGUUCAGUUGAAUUGGACUCAUCGGGGAAUGAACAAAGUAUUGACAUAGAGAGAAGCAAUCGAAGAAUGCUUCAGAUGUUAAAUACUUUACGGGAAUACAAAAAGAUGGGAAUGGAGUCCUUUAGUCUGAUGAAACUCUGCAGAAAUUGUAACCGAAAACAAGCAGCUGCCAAAUUUUAUGGCUUUCUUGUCCUAAAAAAACAGCAGGCUAUUAAACUGAGCCAGAGUGCUCCUUAUGCAGAUAUUACAGCUACUGUGGGACCAAUGUUCCAUAAGCUAUGA